GUCUUCUUCCUUUCCUCCUCCUUUACUUUUGAAUAAUCACAGACCAACUCUCCGACUAACAACAGAUGAGAAAAGCUCUGUGUCUUACAGAGAGCUUGUCAUCAGUAUCCGAAACCUCAACAACCUUGCUCAAUCUCAACCGCCGACUAACCGCCCUCACUCGCUCCGGCUCCAACACAAACGCUCUCAACCUCUUCGCCGAUAUCCACCGUUCCACAACUCCUAAACCCGAUCAGUACACCCUCUCCUCCGCCAUCACCGCCGCUUCCCACCUCCGCGACGCCGCCACCGUCCUCGGCGCGCAAUUACACUCCUACGCCAUCCGCUCGGGUCUGUUCCGUCACUCUCACGUCUCCAACACGCUCCUCUCGCUCUACGCGAGAUCCGGGAACUUACCCUCGCUAAAGAAGAGCUUCCUAGAGAUCGAAGAGCCUGACGUUUACUCUUGGACGACGCUUCUGAGCGCAAGCUUCAAGCUCGGCGAAAUCGACUAUGCCUUCGAGGUGUUCGACGAAAUGCCUGAGAGAGACGACGCUGCGGUUUGGAACGCGAUGAUUACUGGCUGCAAGGAGAGUGGUUACCACGGGACGAGCAUCGAGCUCUUUCGAGAGAUGCACGAGCUCGGUGUUGGGCACGAUAAGUUCGGAUUCGCUACUGUUUUGAGCGUGUGUUGUUUGCGUUUCGGUAAGCAGGUGCAUUCUCUGGUCGUAAAGGCUGGAUUUUUAGUUGCUUCUUCUGUUGUGAAUGCCGUUAUAACUAUGUAUUUCAAUGGCCGAGUGUUUUGUGAUGCUUGUUUGGUGUUUGAAGAAGCUGGUGGUGUUCGUGAUCAGGUUACUUUUAAUGUUGUUAUUGAUGGUUUGGCGUGUUUGAAAAGAGGAGAGUCUUUGUUGCUUUUUAGAGAAAUGUUGGAAGCUGGUCUUAGACCGACUGAUUUGACUUUUGUGAGUGUUAUGAGUUCGUGCUCGUGUGCGGGUAUGGGACACCAAGUGCAUGGGCUAGCCGUCAAGACAGGGUAUGAAGAUUAUACUCUGGUAAGCAAUUCGACGAUGUCAAUGUACUCUUCUUUUGAGGAUCUUGUGGCGGCGAGAAAGGUCUUCGAGUGGUUGGAAGAGAAAGAUUUGGUUACUUGGAACACAAUGAUCUCAGGGUAUAACCAAGCGAGAUUGGGUGAGUCUGCGAUGUUGGUGUACAAGGGGAUGCAUAGAGUAGGGGUUAAACCGGAUGAGUUUACUUUCGGAAGUCUUUUAGCAAGCUCUCUAGAUUUAUAUGCUUUGGAGAUGGUUCAAGCGUGUGUGAUCAAAUGUGGUCUAAGUUCAAAGAUGGAAGUCUCCAACGCGUUGAUCUCUGCCUACUCUAAGCACGGAGAGAUAGCAAAAGCGGAUCUAAUAUUCGAAGGAGCUUUAAAGAAGAAUCUAGUCUCAUGGAACGCCAUAAUCUCAGGGUGUUACCAGAACGGGUUUCCCUUUGAAGGUUUGAAAAGAUUCUCUAGCUUGCUUGAAACAGAGGUCGUAAUCUUACCUGAUGCGUAUACUCUCAGCACUCUCUUGAGCAUUUGUGUAAACAUUUCGUCCUUGAUUCUCGGGAAGCAGGCUCACGGUUACGUCAUCAGACACGGACUAUUCAAGGAGACGUUGAUAGGCAACGCCCUUGUAAACAUGUACUCUCAAUGCGGGACUGUAGACAAGUCACUUCAAGUGUUCAACCAGAUGUCUGAAAAGGACGUUGUGUCAUGGAACUCUCUGAUCUCUGCGUACGCGAGGCACGGGGAAGGAGGGAGCGCGGUUAUGAACUACAGGACGAUGCGAGAGGAUGGAAAAGUGGAUCCCGAUGCAGCCACGUUCACAGCGGUUCUCUCUGCUUGUAGCCACUCUGGUAUGGUCAAAGAGGGGCUUGAGAUCUUUGACUCGAUUGUGAAACCGAGCGUGGAUCAUUUUUCGUGCUUGGUGGACCUUCUCGGUCGAGCGGGUUACCUGGAUGAAGCGGAAAGGUUGGUGAAGAUGAGCGGGUGUGGGGUAGAUGCGUUGUGGGGUUUGUUUAGUGCUUGUGCUGCUCAUGGAGAUUUGAAGCUGGGGAAGAUGGUUGCUAGGUUGAUAAUGGAACAAGAGAAGGAUGAUCCUUCCUCGGUUUAUGUUCAGCUGUCGAAUAUUUACGCAGGGGCGGGUUUGUGGAAAGAAGCUGAAGAGACUAGAGAAGCCAUGAAUAUGAUUGGAGCUAUGAAGCAACGAGGUUGCAGCUGGAUGAGAUUGUGAUUUUGGUUUAUAGUACAAAUAGUAUGUAUUUACUCAUGGAGUAUGUAUUAAAUGUAAAUAAGAACAUGCAUGCUCUUGUAACAUUUAUUUCACACUAUAACAAGCAUGCCUCCUCUUUGAUUCUU